CCACAUGUUCUGGAGUAGGAGAGAGCGCGGGGGAGUGGUGUGGUGCAAGCCGAGGAGGAGGGAGGCGUCGCCUGCGAUGACACCGGUCGCAUCCGCCGCCUACACCGUCAUCGUCGAAGGAAGCCCGAGCGAGCAGAGCCACCGCGCGGCGGCGGCGCCGUCCGUCCCGUCGUCCUACGUCGUCUGGGAAAAGGAGCGGUAGGAGCUGCUAGCUAGCUAGCUGCGAGGGAAAGGCGCAUGGAGGUGGAGGCGGCCAGGUGCGAGUGCUGCGGGUUCACGGAGGAGUGCACGCCGGCGUACAUCGCGGCGGUGCGGGCGGAGCACCUGGGCCGCUGGGUCUGCGGGCUCUGCGCCGAGGCGGUGGGCGACGAGAUCCGCCGCGCGGGCGCCGGGGGGGCCAUCACCACGGCCGAGGCGCUCGACCGGCACGUCGCGUUCGCGCGCGCCCCGGCGAGGAGGUCAGCUGCUGCCGCGGCGGAAGACGACCUCGUCGCGGCCAUCGCGCGGCUGCUCCGCCGCUGCCUCGACUCGCCGCCUGCGUCGCCAGCCGCCCCGGUGCCGGCACCACAAGUCCGGAAGGUGGCCGCGGGGCCCGGGUUCCCCGACGGAGCCGACGCUUGAAGGCUCUCUGCAACGCUGCUGGACGCCAACGAUUGGGGUCAUUAGUUGGAGCUGCUGAUGAAUGAAAUAAAAUUUGUGCUGUGAUUGAUUGAUGAUUGCUCGAGAGAGGAGCACUCAAGCUCCGUACGAUCGAGCAUGAAGUUACGUAUUGCAUCGAUACUAGCUACGAUGAUCUUCGGACAUUAGUACGAUGGAGUACUGUUCCUUUAGUUCUGUAUAUUCAGCUACAUUGUCGUGAAAGAUUUCUGGUUUCCUUGUAAGAUUUACGUGGAAUUUAAUAUAUGUAACAGUGUUUCUGUAACAGAAA